AUGACCGAUAUGAUCAACAUCAAUACAAAAUGCGAUCCAAAUGAUACAGAUGAAAUAAAAAAUUUACAUGGCAAAACUGUAAUACGACCUUUACGUGGCACAACACUCUAUAUUGCUGAAUGCAAUGUUGAUACUCGUUUCGGUGAUUUUCAUGCAUAUGUUUUUCAAGAUUUGAUUGGAAAACAUUAUAUUAUGGCUUUAACUUAUGGAAAAGUUAAAGAUAAAGAAAAACCAUUUUAUAUUCGUCUUCAUUCAUCUUGUGUAACAAGUGAAACAUUACGUGGAAGUGAUUGUGAUUGUGUACAACAAUUAGAAGGCGCUAUGAAAAUAAUAUCUGAAAAGAAACAUGGUAUUCUAUUCUAUCUUUUACAAGAAGGUCGUGGUGCUGGUUAUGUUGGAAAAUCACGUGAUCGAAUGCUUGUACAAGCAUCAUAUGAUCAAAUUUCAACAUUCGAAGCAUAUACAGUUAUGGGAUUGAAAAAAGAUCAUCGACAUUAUGAAAAUAUUCCACAAAUUUGUGAUUUACUUGGCAUUGGUAAUGCUAAAUUCAUUUUACUUACUAAUAAUCCAGAUAAAAUUCAGGCAAUGAAUGAUCUUAAAUUAGAAGUAAUAAGUACUGAACCACUUGAAUUUGAAUCAUCACCAUUCAAUGCUGCCUAUUUAGCAUCUAAACAAGCUAGUGGUCAUUUAUUGCGUAGUGCCAGUCAUUCAACACUUCGUGGUAAAUCAGCACCGGAACCGGUACCUCUUUUCAAACCAACUAUAGUACCCAAUGCUCAACGUUUUAUUUAUUGUGCUUCAUAUUAUUUGCCUAUGAAACCAAUUAAUGAUGAAAUUCUUUUGACUGAUAAACAAUUUUAUGAAAUGUUUAAACAUCGACCGAUUGAUUAUUACAUUAAUAUGCCGAAUGCUUGUAUACUUCACUAUCAAGCUCUACGAAACAAUCGAUUUUUAAUUAAAAUUGAUGUCAAUAAUUUACAAAAGCAUGAGGAACAUUGUCGAAAUGAUCCUGUAUGUGAACUAUUAACAACACCAUAUUGGUUUAAGAUUCACGUAUAUUAUGACAUAAUCAGUACACGUGAAUUUAUUAUUCUUACACAUGGUACAGUUAGUAUGUCUCAUUAUCCUAUUGUACGAUUACAAAUGGAAUCAUUAUUUAAUCGAUUUCCACUUCGUCAUGCAACCCAUCGUGAUCGUUUGAAACAAUCUGUACAACUUAUUGUUCGUUAUGGUGUAGGUAUCAUUCUUUUGUUAGCAGAUGAUGGACGAGGUGCUGGUUUUGGAGCAUAUGCUGUUGAUCGGAUGCUUUUGGAAAGAGGAGAAGUUCCACAUAGUGAUGCAGCUCGAAAAACGAUUUGUGUUGAUCAUGAUGCUAAUGAUUAUGAUGGUACAAUAGCACUUUUGCAACAUCAUUGUCCACAGAAAAAGAUUCAAUUAAUUAUGAAUACAUCAUCAUCAAUACUUAAAAAGAAAGCAUGUAUUAAUGCACUUGCAGAUUAUAAAUUUGAAGUAAAAAAAUGGCUUUUUCUUCAACAAGAAGAACUCUAG